AUGUCUAAACUACCACCCGGUUAUCAUUUCAACCCGAAGGACGAUGAGCUGAUUAACCAUUAUAUUUGGAGAAGAGCAUUAUAUGGUGUUUCUUCAUCUUGUCCGAGGAUGCCUCUUGUUGAUAAUAUCUUCGGCGAAAAUGCUGAUCAUCCGUCUACUGUCUUCGACUCUUUCGGACAAUCUGACCGUGAAGAAGAGGAUACAGUUCGGUACUUCUUUACAAUUCCCAAGAACGUGUCUAGUGACAAAGAUUACAGUUGUGUCAAGAAUAGAAUUCGAACAGCUGGUAAACAUGGUACUUGGAAACUCCAAAGAAGUGAUCCUGUUGUUGUCAAGAAUACUAGUACUGGCCAAGAGGAAGUCAUUGGGUUUCGAAAGCUGUUGAAGUUCAUGGAGUCGACGAGCAACGGAGUUGAAUGGAGUAUGCAUGAGUUUACCAGUAAAUUGUUGGAGGAGAAGAUUAAUAAUGUCAACAACUUUGUUCUUUGUAGGAUCACCAAGAAACCCUCCACAAUUAGACAAAAAAGACUACAUAGUGUUAGUGUUGCUAAUACUACUACUAACAAUGAUAAUGAUAAUAAUGUAGAUGUUCAAGAAAACAAAAGGCAACACAUAAGCUUGGUACCGGCUGUGAUGAAAGAACAAGGAGUUUCUUAUGACGGAAUCUUUAACCAACAAGUCGGGGUUCCCGUUGAUAAUAAUAAUGUGGUGUUAGGACAACAUCAUCAACAACAAAAUCAUGUACAAGAAAAUCAUGAGCAAUUAGGUUGUGGUGAUGACAUGUUAUCAAUACAAGAUUAUUCGCGUGGUUCAGACUUUGAUCUUGCACCGGAGUGGUCUAGUGAGGGACAUAAUAAUCAAGAAUUACAAGAGUUGGUUGGUUCAGAUUUUGAUCAUGAAGCGGAGUUGGCUAAGUUUGCUGAAGAAUAUGAUAAUGAAGUUGUAUGCGUGGGUGAUCAGAUGCUUCAAGGUCACGUAGACGACGAAUCAGGUUCUGGUGAUGACAUGAUAUCAAUGCAAGACUUGCUAGGUUCAGAUUUUGAUAUUGAAGCGGAAUUAGCUAAGUAUUGUCAAGGAGAUAAUAAUCUAGCGGUAUGGGCAAACCAAUUGGAAUUGCAACAAUAA